GAUGUCUUCCAAGCGACCAGCCUCUCCAUAUGGGGGGACAGAUGGAGAGAUAACCAUGGCAACCAGCAGACAGCGAAUGGAGGAUGAGGAUAGCGAGGGACUGGGCGGUGUCAUCCACCUCCCCCUGGCCUCCUACUGCGGCAAGGUGUCCCCUCGCUCACCCCCCAACCGCAACUUGGACAGCCCCCCCAACAUGGAGCAAGACAUCACUAAGGGGAGCUCUCUGAGCCCUUACCCCCAGCACAAUGCUACCUCACCGGGCAAAGAGGAAGGCGGAGGCGGGGGGCGGCCCUGCAGUGAUGGGGGCUUGGCCACGGGUACCCUGGGGACCCCUGAGAGACGCAAGGGCAGCCUGGCGGACGUGGUGGACACACUGAAACAACGCAAGAUGGAGGAGCUGAUCAAGAACGAGCCAGAAGGACAGUGAGGGUGCACAGCCACUGAACCUGUCGGCCAAGCCUAAGGCAUCCGAGAGCAAGUCACCCAACUCCCCCCCAACUUCCCCACAGGUCCCUGCUGCUGCUGCCGCCACCAAGCUGGGCCAUGCCGGCUCCAUGAAGCACAGCGUCGCCCCCUCCAGCAUCGGAGGACCACCGACCAGAGUCAGCUCAAUUGCAGACUUGUUGUCGUCGCUGUCCUCCACAGCCUACCUGAACGACCACGAGGCGGUCACCAAGGCCUUCGCCGAGGCCCGGCAGAUGAAGGAGCAGCUGAAGAGAGAGCAGCAGGUCCUGGACGCCAAGGUCGCCGCUGUCAGCAACCUCAGCCUCAACAAUGGACGCUCGGACAAGGACAAGGCUGCCUUGGAGAGUCUGAGUCAACAGCUGAAGCAGCAGGCGGAGGACAAGUUCAGCCAUGCCAUGAUAGACUUCUCCAUUAGCGACUCUGACGGCUCCCCCAGCGUGUCAGACUCCAGAAUAUUUCGGGAGGCUCGGGGUCGCGGCAGCGCCGAGCCGCACAUCAAGAGGCCGAUGAACGCCUUCAUGGUUUGGGCCAAGGACGAGAGGAGAAAGAUUCUCCAGGCCUUCCCAGACAUGCACAACUCCAACAUCAGCAAGAUCCUCGGCUCACGCUGGAAAGCCAUGACCAACCUGGAGAAGCAGCCCUAUUAUGAGGAGCAGGCUCGCCUCAGCAAGCAGCAUCUGGAAAAAUACCCAGACUACAAGUACAAGCCGCGACCCAAACGCACCUGCCUGGUGGACGGCAAGAAGCUGCGCAUCGGCGAGUACAAGGCCAUCAUGAGGUCUCGCAGACAGGAAAUGAGACAAUAUUUCAGUGUGGGGCAGCAGAGCCAGUUGCCCUUGUCCUCAGCAGGCGUGGUUUACCCAGGUGCCCUGUCAAUGGCAGGAAUGCCCUCACCCCAGAUGCCCUCAGAGCACUCAAGCAUGUCCAGCAGCCCCGAGCCCAACGCCAACCACCACCAGAACCCCCAUAUGACCGGGCUGAAGGGGGACGAGCCACGGAUCAAGGAGGAGGAGCUACGGCUGGACGACAGCAACGGUGACGUGUACGACGACUUCGACUACGAGGACGAAGAGGCCGAUUAUGCCAGCGAUAAUGACAACCAUAUCACCCAAUAGGACGGCAUGAGAGCCGCCUUUUUUAUAAGCCAAUCACAGCUGGUUAAUCCCACACAAUCCCAAACCCACCAAUCAGGAAGAAAACUCUCUCUUUUGCCAAUCACCUUGUGUCCCAAUCUCAUAACCCCCCCACCCCCCUGUCCCCCUCAUAACUAACAUGGACUCUUUUAACAGAGCCAGACCCGCAACCCUCCUCCCACUGGAGUCCUGAUACCAGCAUCUGAUCAAUCAACUGAAGCACAGGACCUGUCACUCACACUGACUGUUACACAAACUGGAGUCUGGGAGGAAGAGACGACCAAGCCAGCCCUAAGCUUGCUGAGGAAUAUUCGAGUACUACUGCAAGAGUUUGAGUGUAAUGCCACGAGUGAGGAGAAAUAAAAAUCACACUCAGAAAGCAACCUUUUAGACCCGUUUGUAGAAAAAGGAGACAUUUUAAAACGAAAGGCGGAACAGUGGACCUGUCAAAGGCUAACAGAUGACACUUUAAGAUGGCGGACCUGUUUAUUAUCAAGAGACACUUUUUAAAAAAACAGCUUUUUUUGUUCUUUGGUUCUAUAAUAUUCUCACUCAGGUACACGGUGCCAAUAAGUGGCUUGUGAAUGUGAUUUGUUGUUUUUGUGCUACAAGUUUGAAUAAUAAUAGAAAAAAGAGACAUUUCUUUUUUCCCCCUUUUGUUGUAAAGCACCUGAAAGACAUCAGACAUGUUUAUUUUUAACAAGAACAUAUCUUUUCUUCGACCUCGCAGUGUGCUGUCAGCGGUUUGCCCCCUUUUUCUCUGUGUUUUUGGGACUGCCGCCCCCCCCCCCCUUUAUUUGGAAUCCGAUGGGACGGUCCAGUCAGGACUGACCAGUACAGCGUGGACUGUCCCACUUUGAGGGAUUUUCAGUGGGGGAGAAGGGGAGUCUCUCUGGCAUCCUGGAGCAGAAACGAAAGCACUGUGUUGUGAGACAAUCCACCAGUUUUCUUCCUGCUCCGUCCCUCUUAUCACAAUCUCGUCCAGGACAAAACAUCAGUACGACUUUAGCUUGAAACAUCCGACGGUGUGAGUGUGUGUCGGUGUGCCGUGUGUACUCAUCCAUAGGCUGUUUGCACAUGUGCGUCACAUCUAUCUAAAAAAGGCAAAAAAAACAAACAAAAAAAGUUUAGGAUACAGAAAGACAGGCAACGUACACUGCUGCUGUUACUUACUGUACCACACACACACUCACACACACACACACACACACACACACAACUGUUGUUCUGUCCCUCAGUGUUUUCCUGCUCCCUCCAAUCAACAUCGUCCUGCUGUGCCCAGUGGGCGGAGCCGAGGUGAAGUCAGCCAGUCAGUGUUUCUGUUUGUAUUUGAAUACUGUAUUUUAUUAUUUCUCUUCAAACUGCCUCUAAUCUAAUAAUAUUAUUAACAAUAAUUAUAAGGAUGGUCAGCGUUUCUUAAGUUUAGUAAGUUAUGUACAGUAUAAUUUAUUUUUCUCCUCUUUAUCGGGUUUUUAUGACCAUAUGAAACUAUGACAGUCAAUGAAACAUUAUUCUAUUUAGCUGGUAGGUAUUUAGAUCUAAACAAAAGUUGUCAUUUUACCUUGCUUUGUUUUGCAUUCUUAUGUUCCCUUCUUUUUUGGCGUUCGUUUUGUAUUAAUCCUCCGGACGGGUGGGCGGGCGGAGUUAGGACAGUGAGCUGGACUGACAGACUCGACGCCAGCCCUCCUCCGAGCUGAAGACAUAACCUUUUCAUGUCCAAACCCAUUUCUAAAAAGCACUCAGACUCUGUGCAGUCAGAGAAAAAGAAGAACAUGAUUUUUUUUAUUGUUAUUAUAAUUUUAUUUGUAAUGGUUAUUAUAAUGUAUAAUGUGAAGUUUCCUCUCUUUUAUUUUGCUCUUUUUUGUUUUUGUUUAUUUUUGGAAAUCAGUUUUAUCACUUUUGGAAACUGUUUUCUGUGAACAAAGAGUCCCGUCCCCGUUUACUAGUUUGGCCACCUCACCGAGGCACAGUGGAACAUCUUUGGCUUGGAUCCACACACACAGUAUACACAUGCACAAACACAAUCACUAACACACACACACACACACACACACACACACACACACAUUUAAAAUGAAGAGAUUAUCAUGACAACCAAACAAAUCCUAUGCUGACCUUCUUCUGUUUCUUGAAAAUCUAGAAUUCUAGAUUUAAAAUCCUGUAUAUAUAUUUAGUUUGUUGGGUUUUUUUUCUUUUUAAAUCAUAGGAAAGCAGUGUUUACCUUGAUCCACCAAGGGUGUUCCACUGUGUGUGAGACGGACCAGGCGUAUCUACAGUAUCUUUAAAGUCACUUCUCAUCAGGAGCCCUUUGCUUUGUUUGAGCUCCACGCGACGAGAGCCAUGACUACUCUUCAGGUGUGCUGCCACAUAGUGAUCCCCACAAUCAUUCUCGCUGUAGAUGUUCGCUACAUGCCACACAAUGAGCCUCUGGGUCCUAAUUUUGCUGUAUAGUCACCCCUGUUAUCAUGCCAUGGUUCAACCCAAUGCUGGAGAGAGGGGGCUGAGAGGGGACUAAGUGGAUCAAUCCAUUUUUAGGGUAUCAGGUGGGUGGGUGGGGCAUUAAGACGUCAAUCAUCCCUGCUGGCAAGGUCUGUCCCCAUAUCAAGACAAUGAAAAUGAUGAUGAUGAUGAUAUUAUUUAAGACAAUCAAAGUCAUGAGUGGAGCUCAAAACAAAGUAAGAAUUAUUAGUUAAAAAAAAUAUCUUACCAUCUCAACUUGAAAAAUCAAGAAAGAUAAUUAUGUAAAUAUAACAUAGAGUUAUAGAUUUAUAUUUUGUUCAUAACACAGUGUAAUAUAAGUUGUAUAUUUCUUUUUUCUCUCCCUACUGUCUCUUUUAUUGAUGUUAUCCAUGCCACAGAAAAGCAAGAGUCGCAGUACUCGCACACAAAAAAAAUGAAGAAAAAUAUCAAAGAAAUAAAGAAAAACAGGAAAAAAAAAAAGCCGUGGGCUGCCACCACCAUCUGUUCUAAGUUCACUUUUUUUUUCAGUAUUACUGCCAGACAAGGCUCUAAUAAAGACAGCAAUGUGUUCGGUAAAACUUGUGCUGGUCCUGGUCACUUCUUUCUUCCACACAUACAUUCACACAAUGGCUUUACAGUUCCAACAUAUUCACAUAAACAUACAAAUAUACACCGCCAUGUGCUCGUUGUUUAAAAGGUCCAGCAAAACCUGCAGAAAUAUCAUCGGUGGAGAGGAGAUUGAAUGCAUCCACGCUUGUUUAUGUGAUAUU